AUGGCCCAAUUCGCUAAGGUAUCGAAGUUAUUACAUGAUUCUGAGAAGUGGCAGAAAUUUUCUCUUUCGGCACCUGAGGAUGGCAAUGGAUGUGUCUUAAUAUUUGCUGCUCUUUUAGAAGAGCAGAACUUCUAUCAAAAAAGGCGUUGUAGGGAUUCCAUUUUACAAGGGGAAACAUAUGUUAUGGAAAUUUUAAACGGCCAUAGAGAAAGAUGUUAUGAAAAUUUUAAGAUGUACCCUGAAGUUUUUAGAAUAUUGUGUAGUACCCUGAAAGGUAUAGGGCUGAAGGAUUCUAAAUUUUUAACUGUUUAUGAACAAGUGGCAAUCUUUUUGCUCACUUUAUCUCAUAAUCAAAGGAAUCGUGUUGUAGCAGAGAGAUUUCAACACUCCACUGAAACCAUUUCUAGACACUUCCAUGUUGUGUUGCAUGCAGUAUGUCAGUUGGGCACCCAUAUCAUUACCCCUCCUAAUUUUUCUGUGAUUCCGAAUAAGAUUAGAGAGUCUUCUAGGUUUUACCCUUACUUCAGGCAUUGUGUGGGAGCUAUAGAUGGAACCCACAUUCCUGUAACUCUGCCAGCAAGUACACAACUUCCAUUUCGUGGUAGAAAGGGUUAUACCACACAAAAUGUAAUGGCUGUAUGUGACUUUGACAUGAGGUUCACAUAUGUGCUAGCUGGGUGGGAAGGCUCAGCUAAUGAUUCGAGAAUCCUAAAUGAGUGUACUGAAAAUGAGGCAAUGAACUUUCUAGCUCCACCAGCAGGUAAGUAUUAUUUGGUGGACUCAGGGUAUGCCAAUAAGCCUGGUUAUUUGGCCCCAUUUCGAGGUCAUACUUACCACUUUCAGGAAUACCGUAGGACUAGACAACCUCGUGGUCGGGAGGAAGUGUUCAAUCAUAGGCAUUCAUCUUUGAGAGAUAUAAUUGAGCGAUGCUUUGGGUUAUUGAAGAUGAGAUUCGCUAUUUUGAGGGCAAUGCCUCCUUAUAAGUUUUCAACACAAGUAUUGAUUGUAAUGGCUUGUUGCACAUUACAUAAUUUUAUCAAAAAUCAGCAUCAGCCUAAUGACAUAUUUGAUGGUAAUGAUCCUCCUCAAAGUGAUGGUGAAGAUGAUGAGAUUGUUGAGCAUGUGCCUUCGGCUCAGCUUCGAGAAAUGGAUCAAUUGCGUAAUACUAUUGCUGAUCAGAUUUGGAAUUCUCUUCAGCACUCUUGA